AUGCUUGCCCACGCCCCUGUAGUGGGACGCCCUUAUCGCUCCAAAAGACAAAAGCCCUGUUCCGCAUGUCGCCGGAGACGUGUUUGCUGCGUCCGAGAAGGGAACUCGGCCUGCGCGUUAUGUAGCAGGCGUGGUCUAGACUGCGUUGUUGAGCCAAGUACAGAAAAGAAAAAAGACGCUUCGGAGAAGAGUCGUGCCUCGAAAGCACCAGCACGAAAUCCUUCCCCUCGUAGGGAUCACUUCAGUGUAAACACCACCAUACCUUCAUCUGCAAGGAGGGUCUCAGAGCAUAUUUUCCAAUAUGUUGGGCCGAGUGGUGACUACGACCCCUUUAUUCUGCUACACCGCUCGCAAGAGGGUGCUGUUCGAGAGGGUGUCAUCCACUGGGCAUGGCAGAGAGUCAGCAAGAAUUCCCACUAUCCGAUUCACUUUUCGGGGUUUCCGGCCGAACACCUGGACGCAAGUCCAACCUACUAUCCGCAGAACAAGAUCGAAGCCGUGAUCGGGCCAUAUCGUGAGGCUUUGAUCAAUGCUUUCUUUGAUGUCGUUCACAAAUCAUUCCCUGUGCUUGGCCCACAGACUCCUCUUACCAUUCCUAACGAAUCAACACUGAUGGUUUCCAUUUACUGUUUGGCUCAGCCUUAUCAUCCUCCUGCCCAAUGUGUUGAUCCGUGGCUUUUCACCGAUUUCAACAAACAAGCUCUUCCUAUUGAAACUCACACUGCGAAACUGGAAACAGUAGAAGCUGCUCUGCUUUUUGCUCAACGGCAUGCCUCCCUCAUUCGAGCACCCACGAUGCCGGGUAUGAGUUCUGAGGUUGGAAGUCUGGUUGGCAUUGGUCACGACCUGGGAUUGAAUGUUGAUCCGGAACAUUGGGGUAUCUCCAUGUCGGAAAAGAGGAGGCGGAGACGACUCUGGUGGGGAAUUUUCAACGAGGAUAAAUGGACCGCGUUCGCUCUUGGGCGACCCUCACAUCUUCACGAUAAUGAUGCCAACGUAGCCAUGCUAAAGCUGUCGGACUUUGCAGAUGAAGGCUCGGAACUGCCUACUCCAGAUAAUCAAGCCCCAGCUAAAGUGUUUAUUGCAAUGACGGAAUUGAGUGUCAUAUUAGCUGACAUUCUUUCCACCUUCUAUACAGUGAAAGAAAUUCAUGCGCAUCCAGUCAUCGGAUUAGAGCAGCUUGAAAAUUCGUGUACCGAGUUUGAAGCCAAACUAGAAACAUGGCGUACCGGUCAUCUGGACCCAUUGAUUAGAGAAAAGCUUUUCCCCGAUCCAACAGGGUCGCUUGAGCUUGCCUUCUACGCGGUACAAAUAGCUCUCUAUCGUGCAUGUGUGCGGAUUAUCUCUCAUCUCGAGGCCCAGACCGUAGACCUUGCUUCCAGACUCCGGCAGCGCGGGAUGGAGAUUGCGUCGUCAGUGGUAAAUCUGUUAGAGGCGCUCUCAGUAUCUCGUAGGUCAGCUUUUUGGUUGGCGGCGGGCAGCUUUAUGAUAUUCAUGUUCCUUCACUCAAUCCUAGAUGGAGAGAAUGAUUACUGGAUGAAUAAGCUAUCAAAGUAUCGAACCCUACUACGUGCUCACCUACCCGGUUUUGGUGUUACAAAACAUGCAUUGAUCCGACUAGAUCUACUUGCGAGCCCCGCAAACCUCAGUCAGUGCCUGACCGAACACAAUUCAACAUCAGUAUCAUCCGGGGCUGUAUCCAAACCAAUUACUUCAACGCCUCAAACAUCUGUAGAUUCCUGGGUAUAUGAUCAUAUCAACUCUGGCCGGGAGCAGGCCAGUGUGGAUUGGCUUUCAUUGAUAUCGGCUGAAUGGGAAAACGAUGAAGGAGUGUUAUAA